AUGAUCGAUUAUGAGAAUACUUUCUCUAUGCAAAACCCAAACAACGUGAGUGAGGAUACAAAGUCGUUCAACAAGAAGGCAAUGGACUUCCUCCACAAGUUGGUGCUGAAAGCUCUUAUACCCGACGGUAUCUACGUGGUAGAUUACGCGGCCGGAGAGGAGAGACUCGGAGAAAAUAAACUGUAUGCAAUGGUGCAGUGUGCCAAAAUAACAGGGAAAUGUAAGGCUUGUUUGGAAUCGGCUAUCAAAGAGCUUUCCAAAUGUUGCGGCGGUAAACAAGGAGCAAGAGUAGUUUUGGGUAUAAGUUGUAAUCUUAGAUAUGAGCUUUAUCCUUUUCUUAGUAAAUAA